GUCCCUACUAAAUUCAAAAUGGAAAUUCAUGGAUUGCAAGUACAGAGCAAUUUCGAUCCUUUCACUCCGAUCGUCGAAGGAGAUCAAAUCACUUUGACGUGUCGCAGUAAAAACAAAGACGUGAUGGACCUAGCCUGGCGAUGGCUGCCCACUGUUCCACUGCCUUACCAAACUAUCACAUUCAUGGAAAUCAACACUACUCGUCUCCCAGCAGGCCUGAAUUCCUAGUCUUUUACUUAUUUAGUUAUUUUGGUCUCAAUUACAACGAAAUAUUUCAAUUGACAGACGGGAAAGGUUAUUUGUUGCCGUUCGAGAACGAAACCAGAGACCAGGAUUACCCACCACCUUUGGGAACGUUCCAGGUGCACCGAUUGAAAUGGACCAACUGCCCAGUGGAAGCUAAUGGCAUAUACCAGUGCUACGACGCUAAUAAUUUAAAUAUUCCCAUCAGCAACAUCACAGUCAAUGUCGCUGGUUCAAAGGCUCCAGUAAUAAUCGAUUCAGAAGAUGAAGAAAUUGACGUUUAUCCAGGAAACGAAUGUGUGUUACCUUCUCAAUCUGAUGAACAGAGAAAAAAACCGGCCGAAGAAAUCCUGGACGACGGACGGUGGACUCUGCCAAUUGAAACGACUACCUUACCGACUAGUCGCUGGAGUGUGGACCCUGGCCGCUUUCAUCUUCGUCCAGUCCUACACGUCGACUCUCUUCACACGACAAUCAAUCAGCCGCUAAUCAAUUCCAUCUACGACGUUUUAGAAAAUCAACAAUAUAACGGGACUAUUUGGAACAUUGAAAAAACGCAUCGAUUCCUUUCCGAAUUCCCGAUGCCUAUCGUCGAACGAAUGUAUCAGUCCUAUACAAGCUGGACCAAGAAACGUUUACCUUGA